GGCUGGUGAUCUGAAAAAAAAAGAAUCUCCAUGGCAGAAAACAAUUUCCCUCCUCUUCCACGUUUCAUUCCACUGAAGCCAUGUUUUUACCAAGACUUCAACGAGAUCCCAGACCAUCAGCGUACAAUGUGCAAACGACUGUAUUACCUAUGGAUAUUAAAUAGUGCCACCCUAGCAGUGAACCUGAUUGGCUGUCUAGCAUGGAUGUGCGGAGGGGGCGGGGCAACCAAUUUUGGGAUGGCCAUUCUGUGGCUGAUACUGUUCACCCCAUGUUCAUAUGUGUGCUGGUUUAGGCCCAUCUACAAGGCCUUCAAGACAGACAGUUCUUUCAACUUCAUGGCAUUCUUUUUCGUCUUCAUGGCGCAAGUGGUGAUUAGUAUCAUCCAAAGUGUUGGAAUCCCAGGAUGGGGAGUAUGUGGUUGGCUGGCCACCAUCACUUUUUUCAGCACUAAUAUUGGCUCUGCUGUUGUUAUGCUGAUUCCAACCAUAAUGUUCACUGCCGUGGCUGUUCUCUCGUUCAUUGCCCUCACCAAGGUUCACAACCUCUACCGUGGCAGCGGGGGCAGCAUGAGCAAGGCUCAGGAAGAAUGGACCACCGGCGCUUGGAAGAACCCUCACGUCCAGCAGGCAGCACAGCAGGCAGCGAUGGGGGCUGCACAGGGGACCAUGCAGGGUCAGCAGUACUCGGCCGCACCAACCUACAACUACGAUGAGCCAAUGUAGAUCCCUUUCAGCCACAGUGGGGGGAUGGGACAGAAACUUUAAGGGAUAAAGUUAGUGGUUGAAACGGGGGAAGGGAGAAAAGAAAGAUACAUCAAACUAAUUUGAAUUUAAACGAAUUUCCACCAGUACAACAAUACAUAAGCUUUUGCUUAAACUGUUUUAAAAGUGUGUGAUAGGUUAAAGAGUUGCUUUCGGUUUUUAGAACCCCUCAAUAGGAAAGUAUCAGUCUCCAUGUGGUAUUAAGGCAGAUUUAAUUAACGGUUAUGUAGUGUUUCUCCACUUAUCGUAUUUCAAACAUGGCUGAACUAGAGCACCAGUAAGGAAACAUUCCAAAGCUCACCAUGUUUCUAUAGUAACUAUAUUCUCAGAUUCCUCUGUGCGGUAUUUGCAAGCCAGUUCUAUAUUUUGUUUGGCUGUUAGUAUUCAAGAACACAUUUCCACUAUUUAGCAAACGCAUCUUUACUCUCACAUCUUAUGACUAAACGUAUGUUUUUAUGCACAGAGAGAAGAAAUUAUCAGCUUUUGGAAGUGCAUUGACUGGUAUUUACUUGAUCUUGCAGUUAAAAAAAGUAUAAACCCAGCUAACAGGAAACAUUCUGAGAACUUUGGCAAUGUUCUCUCAAAGUUAUGAGCAAACGUUCUUGUAACAUCCAAUGUUUGUUCAAAGUUAUCUGGUCUUUAAUAAUGUUCUCAAAUGUUAGCAAUGCUAUUC